AUGGCACCGGACAACAGCGCUGCUCUUGGGACAGAUGUCGAUCAUGGCGUCGACAGCAUGACCGGCUCCUGCCUAUGUGGCGGCAUAACUGUGACUGUCCGACAACAAGGACUUUUCGAAAAGCCAGCAGGCCAUACAUGCCACUGUGCGAACUGUCGAAAGAUGUCCAGCUCCGCCUUCAUGAGCCUACUCAUGAUCCGCACAUCUGACCUUGACAUGUCUGAUCCCAAGUCACUGCUGAGAAUCUACGGCGACAACAACUCCACAAGUGGACGUACGGUCCUACGGCCAUUCUGUUCGGAAUGUGGCAGUCCAACAGCCGCUACAAGUGAGAGCGAACCACGAUUGUCGUUUGUUGCUCUGGGCCUGUUUCCGAAGACGCCAAAGCCAGAAUUCGAGCUGUUUACUGCUCACCGACAGGACUGGGCGAAGCCAUUGACGACAGCAGAAACACAAUACUUGUUUGCUGAUGAAGUGUUGCAGUAUAAAGAUCGGAUGUUGCAAUGA